AUGUCGAAGUCAUCGCUACCGGUAGAUAUUUUCUUCCAAAACUUUCGGUUUUUGAAAAAGACGGUAGUGGUCAAUAACGAUGACUAUAACAGUGCAUUCAGAGCCCUUAAUAAAAUACUAAAUGUUGACAAAGUAAGAAGUACAGUCAACUUUCAACGAUAUUAUGAGAGACCAACUGUUUGGAGACGAAGAUUUAUGAAUCAAUUUAUUAUAACCGGUGACAAUCAAUCUAGCACAUUAAAAGAAUUACCAAACUUUGACAUUGAAUCAAACAACAAUGAUCCCAUUAAAAAAGUCGAUACAAAUAAAUAUCAUUCAGAAUAUGGAAGUGAAACCAGUGAUUGUUCAACAUUUCAUCCAAUAAAUAACAAUAGUACUGAAAUUAAAACCCACUUGUCAUCAAUCAUUGAAAAAUCUCAAUUAUCUACAAAAUAUGAAGAGUUAACAUUGAAAAUGCCAAAUAAUAAUACUAAUAACGAAUCGUUAUCUUCUUUAUCUGAUGACAAUUUCUCAUUACCUUCGGUGAAUUUUUAUGUACCUUCACCAAAAGUUUCACUGUCUUCACCAAUUCAAAGUGGUCAGUCGAUUUCUCCAAAAUAUACUCAAUCAAAUGAUAGUUCACCAGUAUGGAUUAAAAAAGAUGCUUGUUAUGAUUCUGGUUUAAAUCUGUGUGAAUAUGAUUUAUGUCCAAAACUAUUGAAAUAUCAAACAUUUAUUCAUGAAGGAAAUGUUUGUCAUCCUGGUAUGUGUUUAUCUGAUUCCGCUUCUUGGAAUCAAUGUAUGCAGUCAUGUUGUUUGUUGGAAAAUUGUGAAUAUUCCGACUACACAACAUCAAGUGAUAAUCUCAGUUCAACAUAUUACAAUCAAUCAAUAAUCAAUGAUUAUUGGUGUUUACGUUUUAUGCAUAAAUGGAAUAAAUCUAAACUGAAAUCAUCUUGUAUAUUGAAUCAAAUGAAACAGAAUUCUUUACUAUGGUAUAAAUUACAUGAUAAAUCAUCAUAUCCAAUUGAAUUUCAACAAACUAUAAAUUCUAAUAAUAUGAACACAAAUCAAGAAAUAUGUCCAUUUUGUCAAAUGUAUAAAGAUGCUAAUAAUAAUAAUUUUAUUCAGCAGACUAAUCCUAAUCAAAAACAACUUGGUUUACAAAUGACAAUUGAACAAAUCAAAUCAAAACUUCAAUUGUUUUGUUGUUGUAUUCCACCAUCAUUGCAAUGUGUCAAUAUUCAUUUAAACACUACUAAUCAACCACCUCAAGGUCAAUCCAAUAGUACCACCAAUAGUAAACUACAAAGUUAUGAUAACAGUGAUAAUAAUAACACAUAUGGCAAUGAACAGAAUCAAUUUAAAAUAAAAUGUAACAAAUUAUCACUUAAAUCGAAAUGCAAACAACGAACUGAGUCACAACAACCGCAACAGCAACCGCAACAACCGCCACAACAAUCAUUCACCAACAGACGACAAACAACCUUUUCAAUGUUUCAAUCAUUAUCUAAUAUUGAUAUGCAAAAUCGUAAACAUGCUAGGAAAGCAUUAAAAACUAUCAGUCUUAUAUUAGGUGCAUUUAUGAUUUGUUGGACACCAUAUCAUAUCAUUGUAUUGAUUAAAGGCUUUUGUGAUGAUAUUAAUACGCAUACAAGUUGUGUCAAUAUACAUUUAUAUAAUCUUUCUUAUUGGUUAUGUUAUAUGAAUUCCCCGAUUAAUCCAUUUUGUUAUGCAUUAUCAAAUAUUUCAUUUAGGCGAACAUUUUUUCGUAUAUUACGAUGUGAUUUUCAAAAAAGAUAA